AACCUUCUUCCCAAAAUAAAAAAAAAGGAAAAAGAGCAGCCCAGUUCUCCUUCUCACAUUUUGCGUUAUUUUGUGUCUCUCUCCAAGGGUUUAACAAUCCCCUGCAUCUUCUACACUUAAACAGCUCGUUUUCUCUUCCACACACUCUUGCAUUCGUUCGAGAUCCAUUUCUUGGUUCCAGUCAACAUGAAGAUGACUACGGGAGCCUUCAAUGGCAACAUGAAGAAAGCACUUGCUGGUUUGAGGCGUAUAGAUUUGGAUGGUUUGCGGUGGAGGGUUUUUGAUGCCAAAGGCCAGGUUCUUGGGAGGUUAGCAACUCAAAUUUCUACUGUGGUCCAAGGGAAGGAUAAACCAACGUAUGCUCCUAAUCGUGAUGAUGGGGAUAUGUGCAUUGUUCUUAAUGCAAAGGACAUCUGUGUUACAGGGAGGAAACUUACAGAUAAGUAUUAUCGAUGGCAUACUGGGUAUGUGGGCCACCUUAAGGAAAGAAGUUUGAAGGAUCAGAUGUCCAAGGAUCCUACUGAAGUUAUUCGUAAAGCUGUCCUUCGAAUGCUUCCUAGAAAUAAGUUACGCGAUGACAGAGACCGGAAACUUAGGAUAUUUACUGGUGAUGAACACCCCUUUAGUGAUAAACCCCUUGAACCAUACGUCAUGCCUCCUAGACAAGUGCGAGAAAUGCGGCCUCGUGCAAGAAGAGCCUUGAUUCGUGCACAAAAGAAGGCAGAGCAACAAGAAAGUGGCACCACUACGAGGAAAAACGGUAAGAAAGAAGAAAAGGCAGGAGUUAGUGCGUGAAGUUUAUAGAGGCAUGAUGCUUUUCUCAAUGAAGAUGUGAUGUUUAAAAUAUUUGAAUGCCACAAAUACAAUCAUGGGUUUCACUCAUGUAAAGAAGGGAUGUUCACCGCUACCGUGGCUUGUGUGAGUAGAAUUUUGGCGUUACUCGUUUACAUUUGUACUAGUAAUAAUGAUCUAAUGUUGCCCAAGAUUGGAGACCUUUUUUUUCUGCUCGAAACAUAGCAAAAAGAAGCUCCUUUGAAUGUUUAUUUUAUGCAGUAAAUGUCUUCUGAAUGAAGAGUUCAGACUUCAGCCCCUCAA